GUGUUCUGAGUGUUUCUGUGAAAACUGCAGGAAGGUUUAAUGAAUACUUAAACCAUGUCUCGUUCAAGAGCAGAAUAUGAAGAUAUUCUAUUCAUGUGAUUUAUGCCCUAUCUUACCUGUGCCUGUUAAAGUGGUUGGCUGCUUAUUGUUUGGCUCAAAAGUAGGUCAAUUUGGCCAACUUUGAUGGAGAAACAAAGAGAUGGAGUUGUAAAGAGAACGAAAAGUCCCUCUAGGAGAAAUUUAUUGAGAUAAACAUAUGUUUAGGUUGCUCAGAAUUAAGGACUAACAUUUAAGGACUAAUGCCCUAUGUGUGUUUUCAGUAUAGUAGAAAGCCUGCUACUAAUAACAUGCAUGUGACUUGAAUGGAUAUUUUCUCAGAUAUGAAUUUUUGUCACUCCAGGAUGGCUGAUGGAUUGUAUGCAGUCAUGUCAUAACAAAAAAAGUGUCAAUCUCCUGAUCACUGAGGCCAAUGCAGAGGUUCAAAUCUGCAGUAACUUAAUGACCUUUAAAGGUUGGCCCUAAAAUUGUAGUAGACCUGUCAUGUUUAUGGCAGAAACAGGCAUGUUUAAACCCUGGUUUGAAGAAAGUAUUCAUCUCUAUAGUCCAUUUUGCUGUCUGUGCCAACUGUACAGGGCUUGAAUUUUUAUAUAACUCGCCUGUUUAGAUUUUACAAAGCCAAAAAUGUAUAAUUAAGAGAGUAGCUGCUGUGAUUGACAGGUGAGUCUGUCAGUGUUUGCUGUGCUGUGUGGGCUUUGAUUGACAGCUGGCAACACCUGGCUGCUGAGUCCAACAUUGAACAUUCUUGUUGACUGAAUAAAACAAAUUUUUCUCCCUUACAGGAAAUUCUGCCAUGGUUGUGUAUGAGGAGUUAGUCUAAGACUGUAAGAGAAUUGUCAAGUUUACCAGUAUUAUUUGCAUUACAUGGAUUAAUCUGUAUAAAAACAUCUCUAGGCUUCAGAAUGGCAGUUUCCAAAUCAAUGUGUGUUAAUUUUUUUCAUUGAAAAUCCUUUCAGCUAAACAACAAGCAGUAAACCAUUUCAAUGAGCAGGGCUAUCAGAGGGUUUACUUCACAACAUGGCUCUCCAUCCUCACUGUAAUAUAUUUAUAACUGUUGUAAUUUUGGGGAGAACUGCACUUUCUUAUGUAAUGUAGAGGCUGGUGAGGUCCAAGAUGAAUGGUGCAGGUGGAUGUAGGACAUCCAUAGUCACUGGAGGUUGUGGUGAUGUGUUGAUAUUUGUGUGCUUAACUUUUUUUUAAAAUGACUUGUAAUUCACCUGUUCAGCACUGAAUGCUGAACCACUAUGUUAGACGGUGGCCAGUUUGUGGAGGCCCUCGGCCGUCUGGGUUACCCUGAUGCAUCAUCACUGAAGGCAUCUGAAUUCGAUUGGCUGUUUGACUGCGCCCCAGAGAACCUCCACUUCUUGCGCUUUUUCUGUCGGACCCUCAACUCAAGCAAUGUUCUUACCCUGGAGGAGGCCCGCGCUUUUCAGGCCCUGCGAAAGUCUGGCAAAGCAAUCCUGGAUGAGGCAUCUUUGGGUGAAGUCCUAAAGACCAUCGGGCCUUCAGAUGGCGGCAGUUCCUCUUCAUCUUCAUCAUCUAUAUUUGCAGCAGAGGGGGAAGUGACAACAGAUGAUUUGGAGGCAGAGCUUCAGGCAUUGCGUAAAGAAAAGGAGCUAAAACAGAGACGCUAUAAUAGGCUACAGGUUAUAGCCACUUCCAGGGCAGAUGUUGACCUUCGACUUUCUGCAGAGCUGGAGAGUGCUGCGAGCAAACUAAAAGAGGCCAGUGCUUCUGUUGGAGCUGAGAAUGCUCACACCAACACUGUAUUGCAAAAUCUAACCGAUGAGGUAAGCAACCUGGCUUCCUAUCAUCCAAUUCAGCAAGGAGAUGGAAAACAAGAAAAAGUGUCCACAUCAAACCAUCCCAGAAAGCCAGCUGUACUCCUCUCCCAGCUGUCUUUGGAUCCAUACCUGCAACAGGAGGAGCUCAACACCAAAACGCUGGCUGCCUUCACUCAGAAGCAGUUCUUCAGGGGCAUCUCUGAUAUCGUUGAGACCUCCUGCUCUGAGCGCCUCAAGCUGCUGGAUCUCAGCUCUUGUGAAGCUGGAGAGAAGGAAGAAAAUGAGGAUGGGGGGGAUCCAACUGGGGAGCGAAUGGUGGAGCGCCGGAGAACAGAGGUGGCCAGACUUCAGUGGGCUCAUAUUGUGGCACAACAUCAACUGAUGCAGGCUAAGGCAGAGGAAAAGAGUGUCAAGGCUGGACUGGACUGGCUGUCUGACAAGUCUGCUCAUAUCAAGAGCAUUUCCAUGUCCUCCUCACUGCACAUACGUGAAACUGUGUUAAAGAAGGAGCUGCAGGUGGUGGAGGCAGAACUGAAGGCUCUGCUCCAGGGACCAGUACCUGCAGGCCUCAGAGAGUCUGCCAGACACGUGAAUGUGCCAGUGGUGAGAGGAGACCUGGACUUGCAGCUGGCCAGACAAGACUACUACACCUCUCGACAAGACCAGGUACGCGACUACCUACUCCGUCAGAAGGCAUCAUUUGACCUGGUGCUGUUGGCGCAGGAGAUGGAGUUAAGAAGGUGGGGGACAUGUCUGAAACAGCUAGGGGAAAUCAGCAGCAGGCUGGUAGAAGAAGAGAAAGCAGCAUCCCUCAGGAUUGGGACCCUGGCACACCCUGACCUGGCACUCAACCCAAGACCAAACCCUAUCAUCAGCUGCAAGGAUGCAGCCUUCAGUAGACUGCUCCAGAUCCUUGACCACGGAUUAGACCAUGGCCGAUCAGAGCCCUUCCAAACAUAUGAAGCACUGGACCAGGCUGCCUCGAACCUAGCAAGUGACCUCCAAGCGACCCGAGACGCACUAGCAGGUGUUAGCCGUGAGCAGUACUACACAGCUGCCCGUUUUUCUGGUGAUUGUGAGGCCCUGCACAGGACCAUGUACACAGAGCUGCAGGAGCUGGUCUUAGGACCACAGGUACGUCCAAUGACCACCUCCAACGAGGAGCCGCUCUGCCCUAAUGCACAGGAAGUGUCGACAAAGCUCUUGGAGGCGGAGUCUCAGCUGCAGAGUUUGCAGAAAGUGAUGCAAGAAAUCAUUGGAGAGGUUAAAGCAAAGCAUUCUCAGUUGGAACGUAACACCCUUCUCGGGAAAGAGAGGAAAUUAUACAUCUACUUCCACCUGGAUGCCCGACUUCUGCAGAAAAUUGUAGAAGACCUGGAGGCCAAAAUGGCUGGGAAGAGAGGCCAGCAUUAGACGGGGCAUUGCAUCAAUAUGUAAAGAACUGUCUGUGUUAAAGCUUCAGCGGGACUCAAACUUCACUGUUGGAUUUCAGUGAAAGAAUAUGUAUGAUGAUGUGAUUGAUUUGAUGCUGAUCAAACGUACAAGUGGGAUUAAUUUCAAUUUGUUUACCGAAUAGAAAUAUACAUUUGUCAAGUAAAUUAAAUAAUGGAAUUAACUCGCUUAUCACUCUGUCUUAUGUAUAUCUUAUUUGUUUCUCAUCUGUUAAAUAAAAUAAAG